AUUCCUUGUAAUGCUCUCUUGUGUGGUCUGGGACUUCUCACUUUUGCUUUUGUUUGGUUUAAAAUGACUUCUGUGACCUAUGUUGUGCUACUUGUGAUGAUUUACUGUAAAUCUACAAACAUGCAGGAUAUGCAAAAAAUAACCAUAACCUUAAAGGGGAACUAGAGGUGAGAAUGAAUUUACAUUCAAGAGCCUCCAGGGUAUUCAAGGCUUCCUAAGAGUAAGGGCUUGAUUUAGGUGUUGAUUUUGAGGCUUUUUUCAGCUUGCCUGUUUUGUAUUUGCUGGCAGGAAUCCAACUGUACAAUUUCCUUGAAUUGUCAACGUCUGCAGCAGUUGCCCUCCUCACCACAACCCCUCUUUAUAUUACCCUGGGGUAACUGGAAAGCCCCAAGGGUGACAGAAGAGUGGUAAGCUUUUACCUGAAGUAUUGCUGACAGGGGUUGUGGUGUGUUGAGUUCCUACUGACUUUUGUGAAGUAGUCGUGGUUUCACAGCAAUGCAUCAUGCCUCAAACAAAGACUUGAUGCCCUUCAAAAUAAUACAAGAUCACAUCAGCUAUUAAAGGGCAUUUUUAAAUGCAUAGAUAUGUAGCUUGAUCCUUCAUAUGCACAUGAGCCAUUGUCCUCUUACCUCACACUUGAGGUGAAAAGUUCAUUGUCAGUGUUGAACUGUUGUGUUUUUUGACUGUAGAUCAUGUAAUUCAAUGUAUCCCACUAAUCAUUAUCAAUUCACCACUUCUCAAUUGGGCAUCAGUAAAAACUCUGGAGUGAUAUUUGCCAAUAUUUAAGUUAAAACAACAUAUUUUAUCCUAACUCCUUAAAUUGUGAUACAACAGCUAAUGUUAGCAUCAUCCACAUACUAGCUAACAUAACGGUUAGCUGGAAGCUGAUCAGAACUACACUUUCAUUUGCUAGUUUUACACUCUGCAAUAGGAAAGUUAGGAAUGAAGUUUAACCACUAAUGUAGAAAUAGCUACUCACUCUAAUACAAGCUAUGUUAAUUUCCUUUGAUAGAUGUCCUUAAUUCAGUGUUUAUUUGUAUAGCGCCAAUUCCUAACAAAUGUUAGGCUAUCUCAAGACGCUUUACAAAAUGAGCAGGUCUAGACCAUACUAUUUAUUAUAUUAAGAAGGUCUCUCCACAUUUGAAUUAUCUUUAAAUUGCUUAUAAAACAAGUAGUGGUGAAACGUUAAAUACGUAGUCUACCUAAAACUAGCUAGUUAGUGGUUCAGUGCUAACAUUAGCUGUAUAACACUAGCUAAUGAGUCAUCACAUCUGAUGAUUUCUUAUGAAAGAUGGUGAAUGUCCCUCCAGAAUUUUACUGCAUUUUUUUCUUUGAAUUUCUCAUAAAUUAAGUUGUGGUGAGAUGAUAAACAUUUUAAGCCUAUGUAGCAUUAGCUAGUUAGUGGUUCAGUGCUAGCUGUUGUCUAAUACCAGCUUUGUUGGGAUCCUUUGAAAGAUGGCCCCUCUCUUUUUACUAUCAAUUUUUAAACCAAGAAUGAUGUCAAAUUGUCUUACAUCUGUAUGACUACGAAUGAGAAUAGGUUAAAUAUGAUCAUUCAUUAUUUGUCCUACCCAUUCUUUGUGUGACAUCAAAGGAAAAUGGCAGCCAUGUGAGGGCUAAUUAACCCUUGUGAUUCAGAAAGCUGGUUUAUCAUGUCACAGUGUCAUGAUUCCAGGUAGUUUUUUCCUGAUUAGACAACACUUGAAAAACCCAAUUUGUGAUUUUCCCCUCAUAUCUUACAUAAUUCUGCCCAAACAAAUCACUUGAGGAUGCAAUACUUUCAUCAUAUGUCAUCUUUAAAUCAUCUUCAGACCGUGAGCACAGCUGGUCAGAUGCAUGAACUUGUGGCGUCAUUGCACUGACACAUCGCCUACAUUAGCCAAGCUGACCCCCCCUUUUACGCACUUGUAAAAGUUUCUGAUUGAGAAAUGCAUUUCCGCUGACCCUGGCCGCUUCCUGCUUGGAUGCCAACAUAGAAAAUAAUGUUGCAAAAAAACACACAAGGUCUGAGGAGCAGUUGUAACUGUUAAAUUGAUUUUUAUUUUUAUUUUUCAAAACAAGGUGACUAAACCUGUCAAUAUAAAGGGAUGGACUAAUACUUAUAAUCGGGGAUUGGAUUAAUUCACACUUUUCCUUCAUUUCAAACAAUUUAACUUUAAAAUACUCUCGUCUCAUCAAAACAAAGAUGUUAUGUUUUUUAUGCAGAUUUCUUCCUUUGCUCAAGAGUUAACUUUUUAUUUACUCAUAUAGAUGCAAACUUUGUUGGUUAUCAUCUUCUUGGCACCCAUAUCUGCACGAUUUGUGUUUUAAUCACCCUAAUUAAAUCCAUUUUUUGUGUUACAUUUAACACUAUACUUAAUUCAAUGAACAUGUUUAUGUUUAUGUUGAACUGAAUUAACAUGUACUCAAUUAAUUUACUCUCCAUAUAUAGAACGCAAAAAAAUUAGUUCUCACCUCACUCACACUCCCUAGAGGGCGGUAUGAAAUCAUGUCACUGAAGUGUGUCAGAGGUUGCUUGACCGCAAAUCCUUCAAUAAUGGCAGGCAUGUCUGACAUCUGUCUGAAUAAAGUAGGAAAUGUCCCUCCAGGGAUUUCAAAGUAUCAUAUUCUGUAUACUGUAUCUUUCCAUGCACAUAUAAAAAUGAGUUCUAUUAAAAAUGCUACACUUUAUAGUCAGACAUGUAAUAAUGAAAAGAUUACGUCCAUACAUGCCUGCUCACACACGAGGCAUGUAGGGACGUUACCCACUUGUUUUAAUACAGAAGGAGAAAAAAAGUGUACAUGUGAAAAAAAAAGGAGGAAAUUCUGGUAAAUUUGGUUGCCUCACAAAGUGCACGUCAUUUCCUCCUAUGACAAAUGUGUGGUUGCUGUCUUUUACAAAAGUUUUAAAGGAGUGUGAUCAUGACCAGUCCUCGCAAUUUGCCUGUGAUACAGAGUGGAGAAUGAAUGGUCAUGUAAAGAGUAUGCAUUUUAGACAGUUUAUGGAACCAGCAACAACAUUACUCUCUCUCCUGCUGAUUAUGGCUGUUGAUUCAACCCGAACUGUGGCAGCAAGCAGAAACCAGCAGUGUGGGAAUUCUCUGCAACAGACUCUGAAGCUCACCAGACUCAUACAGAAGGAAUCCGUUGACUUAAUCAAAACAUAUAAAGCCUCUCAAGGAGAUAUAUCAGAGCUCCUCUGCAAGGUGUCUGUCUCCAGCGUCCCUGACCCCAACAUCUCAGGCCUGGAGCCCUCAGAGAGAAUAGUGAGCAUCUACACACACCUCCAGGCCUUCGUCCCACAUUUCAAACGUGUGUACGAGCAGCAGACGGACUUACAGUUGCCCACCAGCCCGCUGCUGGCCAGGCUCACCCGUGUCAGCACUCACAGCAGGAAUCUGGCUACUCUUGUAAACCUCUUCUAUCAGACCCUCUUCCCAAAUGUUCCCAUACCGGAGCCGGCGGGGGGGCCGACAGAACUACCUCCACCUCAGAAUGUGUUCCAGCAGAAAGUCUAUGGAUGUGUGGUGCUGAAAACCUACAAGGAGCUUCUAGCAAAUGUUUCAAGAGAGCUGAGGACUCUGAAAAGCAAAGUGUGCAGGAACAGAAAGAGGAUACAAAUAAACACACUCUACUUCUGAGGAUGACCUAAGGCUGGCCCUAGUGGAUCUACUUUCAACAACAAUCAUACUCAUGUUUUUGAUAAAGACUUUAAAAUAUAAGUGAGUAUGAAGGUGGCUGGUACAUCAGAGUAAUGAAGCCUAUUUAUGGUAUUUAAUAUUUAUUUUUUGUUUGGUUCUGAUACGGAGGAACGCUGAUAAAAGGUCAAGAAUGUAAAGGUGUCAAUAUGUAGGUUGUGUAUAUUUAAUUUGUCUAAUGUAAGGUUCUCCUUUACUAAUGUAAAUGUAUUGGCUGUUAAAGGAUUAUUAAAAGUUUAUUUACAGCUGUA